AUGGGUAGGAAUAAUUAUGGUAUUAAUACAGCGCUACAAUUAAUAUUCAACAUUCAAGUGGUCAACAAGAAUUCCCGGCUCCUGCACAACCUCACACUGGGCUACAACAUCCAUGACAACUAUCUGAACACUUUCCGCACUUCAGAAGCCUUGCUGGAUAUUCUGUCCACUGGAGAAGCCAACGUCCCCAACUACAGCUGUGGAAGGAAGGAGAACCUUCUGGCUCUUUUUGAUGGAGCUAGAAGGGGCAUCUCCAUCCAGAUGUCAACAUUAGCAGAUAUCUACAAAGUCUCACAGAUCAACCUUGAAACUGCUUCAGAGGCUCUGAGUGAUAAAAGGAAAUUCCCCUUUUUCCACCAAAUGCUUCCCAAAGAAGGGAUCCAGUACCCAGCCAUUGUCCAGCUGCUCCUCCAUUUCAGAUGGACCCUGAUUGGCCUCUUUGCUUCAGACACAGAGAAGGGAGAGAAUUUCAUGAGGACUUUCACUCCUAUGCUUGUCAGGAGUGGAAUUUGUGUGGUUAUAUCACAACGAUUCUCAAAGACUGGAUAUACAGCAACACUCAGGGAGCCCCUCUCUAAGUGGAGACAAGUCAACGUCUUUGUUCACUUCAUAGAAUUUGAUUCCAUUUGGGACCGAAUUCUUCCUUUCCAUUUAACAUUUAUGCGUUCGCCAGGACCCAUUGAGGGAAAAGUCUGGAUCCUCACAAAUUUUGUAUUGUAUCUAGUAGACCAGCACAGACUUUUCAAAUACAUCCAUAGUAUUUUGAACUUUGAGUUUUUGGAAAAAGAAAGGCCGCUGGAUGAUGCCUUUGAACCCCAUUUCUUUGUGGAACUUCCGUUUCAAGAUCAUGAACUCAUGAGUCUGACUGUCUUUCAUCCCUUGUUUGAGUUCACUAAGUGGUUCCCCAUCAUCCCCCAUCAUAAAAAGCCCUUCCCUGGAGAAGCCGAGAUACUGAAAAUGUAA